AAGAAGAAAACAAAACCACACGUGCAGGGCACUUUGUGGAAUAAAUUUUAUAUUUUUUUUUAAAGAACUUUGUGUUAUUUGUAGAUUUUUAAAUAAAUUUUACAGAAAAUUUAACUAAAAUUAAUAAAACAUUAUAAAGAAAAUAUUAAAUAAUGGCUGUGGAAGUGAAUAAUAAAAGAAAACGAAAACAUGAUGAAAGUGCUCCUCAAGAAGAUGAGGGUGCUAAGGUAGUGCCCAAAAAGCAAACUAAAAAAUCUACAACUCCUAAAAAAGAAAAAACUAAAAAGCAAAACUUAAAUAAUUCCUCAGAAGCAAUGGAAGACUCGCCACAGGAUUCCGGGUUCGAUACAGAGGAAAAGGAAAUUAAAUUUUCCAAAGAUUUCAAAAUGAUGGAGUUUCGCAACAAAUUAAGAGGAGAUAACUUUAUCACAGAAUUAAGACAUUUUCUUUAUUUGUGUCAGUCACGUCCUCAGACUAUUGCCAAAUACAUAGAGAAACGUGGUAAACCUUUGGAAUUUGCUGAAGCCUUAGAGCGUGUUGAUAAAACGAAUAUUUUACAUAUUGCCUAUAUUUGUGAAGCUUUGCAAUUGGUUGUCAUGGAGAUUUUAAGUAAUCAACGUAAUCAUAUGGAAUCUGCAGUACAUGCUUCACGUUAUUUUUUAAAAUCACAUGGCACGUUGUUGGAACUGCUUUUAAAAUCAGCCCAAUUAAAUCAUCGUAAAGUAGCCUUAAAACUUUUAACCGCCAUUGUGUGUGUAGAACCCCAAUUGGGUCGUCAAGUUCUCGCUUCCUAUGAUAUUCUAUCAAAUGUAAAGAAUAUCAAUCAAUUUCUUUCGCACUCACAAUUUGAAUUGCAACAACAGCAGAAACAACAACAACAACAGCAGCAUAAGUUUGAUGAAGAUUUCGAAACAGUGCGUAAAUGUUUCAUACACUUUGUUCUGGCCUAUUUAGUAGAUGGCAAUACUUUACUUAUACGCAAUAUACUAGAUCGUGGUUCCCUUAUUAGAGCUUUAGCUGCUGGUUUAUCCUAUGAUGAUUCUGUUACAGUUUGUGUAGUUUUAAGCACUCUUAAGAAAUAUGUUCUUGAAUGUCCGGAUAUUUCUAAAACUAAAAAGAUUCAUGUCUUUGAUUUGGAUUGUUGUAAGUCAUUCAUUCAAUUGUAUGAUUGGAAGGGACCUAGGGUUUUUGCUGCCAAACAUGCGGGUAAAAAAGGAGCAUAUAAAAAUGUUAGUGUUGCUGAAAUGGAACAUUUAGUAAAUCCUCAGGAAAAGGAGGCAGUAUCGAAAGCUGUACAUGAAUUUUUGUUGGUAUUAUUGACCUCGAGAAAAUUUGGUAUUGCUUUUGAUACGGUUAAGUUUUUCCGUCAGAAACAUAAUACUAUACAAGGUCAAAUUAUGGGCUAUAUGCAUAAUCCCUAUUCUGAUGAACGCAAAACCGAUUUGGUUCUAAAAAUUCUUGAAUCCUGUCCAGAUCUUUUUCGUAAUUCUGUGCGUAAUUUUGCUGGCAUUAUAAAUCCUUUACGUACAGCCAAUCGCUAUUGGCUAAAUGCAGCAGAAUUCCUAAGAAAAGUCAUAACAGCCUGUCAUCCUAGUCAUCUCAAAGGUGCUUUGGAUAAAAUCACUUUAACAGAUUUUUCUUUUUGGAUUAAAGACAUUUGUUUACCCCUGGAAACUUUGGUGCAUAUUAAUGGCAACAAGUUUUUAUUACACAAAGAUUUUGAACAACGUUUAGCCACUAAUCGCUUGCUGUUGGCCAUGUUCCAACAGUAUACCAACUAUAUGCAGAUUAUCAAUCAAAGAGAACAGAAUAAGAAUUCCAAUUCAUUGAGACGUUUUAAAUUUGAUAUUUUAAAUCAUUUAUUAAUGAAUUUCCCCACCAUGGAGAAUAUAUUAUUAUCAUUAAAUAUGUCCAUUACUUUAAAGGAACAAGAGGGCGUAGAUGUUUUGGCCCAUUUGGAUGUGGCCUUAGAUUUAGUAUUGAUUUUAUGUCAAGAAAAUCGUACAUUUGUUAAUAAAACUUCAGUUAUAUUGGAUUAUUUGGAAUUGCUGAGACCUUUAUAUGCUCAAGAAGAAGAUCAAGAGAUAGCAAGGGAAGCUGAAAUAAAAACCAAUAUUAAAUUGGAAAUGAAAGCUAUAAAAACCAUCUUAUUGUUAUUCCCCAAAGCAUUGGAACCACAAAAAGAACGUUUUAGCAGUGUUUUAAGAUCUUUCAUUAAAGCUUUUGUUUAUGGUGAGGAGGAUGUAAGUCGUGAAGCGGGUGCUUUACUUAGAAAUAUAUUUAAAAAUACUGGCAUUUUUGAGACGGGUGAACUAGAGAUAGAUUUGUGGCUAGAGCCUUUAAAAUUUGUCCAUGUAGAGACGGUUAAUGUGGUGGCCCAAGUGUUUAAUGAAGUUUUAAAGGUCACCAAAGCAGAGGUAGAAAUGCCUAAAUCUAUAGGAAUGACGUCUAAUACAGAUAAUUUACAUACUUUAUUCUCUAACAUAGAACAAGGUCUAUCGGUACAAGCCUAUGUGGAAACCUUAACUAUAAGCAAGCUAAUGCCUUUGAUAUACAAAGGUGUAGACAUAGAACCACCUUUAAGCAAAUAUUUAGAAAUUGUUUGCUUUUUAAUGUAUCACUAUUAUCCCUCAGCCGAAAGUGUUAUGAUGUUAUAUGCCCAACACUUUAAAACCAUGUUGCCUUAUAUGCAAAAUUGGCUAAGUAAAGAAUCAUGUGAAGAAAUUCUUCUAUAUGUGGAUAAUAAAUCUGGCAAAAUAAUACCCCACCUUAAGGAAAUCUCUUCAAUUGCCCGAAAUGGACAAAAAGAUUUUGAACAAAUAUUCGAAAGUAAUUCUCAAGAAAAUGUAUAUGAAAUGGAAUUUAAGGGUAAUAUGAAAAAGUUUUCACGAAUUAUACAAAAUCCUCGUUUGCUUAUGAUCUAUAUACAACAUGUUUUAUUUCAAGUGCAACAAUUACAAUUGAAACAAAUGUUAUCACAACAGCAGGCAGAAAAAUGUGCUGAUUUUAUAAAAAUAUGUAUAGAUAUGAUUUUACGUUUUCCUGCCCAAGAAGAUACACCCUUAAAGGAUGAAAAUGAUUCAUUAAAUAAUGAAUUAUUUAUACACAAAUUAUUGAAAUAUAUCUUUGGCGCUAGAUUACAUGCUAUCAAGUCUAAUGAAUUAUUAUCUGUGGAUUUUAUACACGAUUCAUUUAAAAAUUAUCUUCUAUUUCUUAAUCUUCUAACUGAACAUUGUCAUUCUUUGGAAAAUUUUGAUUUAUAUGCAGAAAAUUUCAAAUUGAAAUUAGUUAAAGCAGUUGCCAUUUCCUUAAACCAUAAGGAACAAGUUAAAGUCAACUCACAACAUUUUGAGGAAUUUCUAAAACUGUUUAAAUCCUUUCAUUUAACUGCAGAACAAUGUCAUGAUAUACUUAACUUGUUAGCUGACAAUUUAACCUAUAAAGAUUUCUUCCUAAUGGAUAACAACAAUCAAAAAACUAUCUAUUACUCUUUAAUGGUUUUUGUUCUACAACGUUUGGCCGAUUUAAAGAAAUCUAUAAAAUGUUUAGAAUUUAUUAAAAAAUUUAGCAAAAUUUAUUGUAAUUUCUUUAAAAAAUUAACGGGAGACUUUAAUGUCGAGCUAUUGGAGGAAUCUUUUUAUAAUUUCUUAAUAAUAAAUCAUCAAUUUAUCGCCUUAUUGGAUAGCAAAUUCUUUGAAUCCUUUUUCAAAGAAAGAAAACUAACCAAAUCUUGCAUUAAGUUGGCAGCCUUAGUGUUUGAACGUCAUGAUUCCUAUAAUCAAGUAUUUAAAGAAAAUUUAGAACUUAACAUGGAUAAAAAGGAACUUAUGUAUCCCUUAAUGGAUUUAGCUUUUAAAAAGAAUUUGGCGUUAGAUUCCAAUACUCUACAAAAAGUCUAUCAAAAUUAUAAAAAUGGUUUUAUGAGAACUAUAGAAAAACCCUUAAAAGCGGGCAUGAUUUACAAGGAACAUGUGGACACCAGUUUAAAACUAAUAGAACUAUGUAUGCCCUUAACCGAAUGCAAAGAUUUCUGUAAUAAACAAUUAAAAUUUGAACACAUAGAAACCUAUCAAUUGAGAACAAUAUAUAAAAUCUAUGAAAAAGCUUUUCUAAAUAAUGAAUUAAAACAAAAAUCUUUAAUAUUUGUCAACUAUAUAAUGCUGCAGGUGCAAAUGUUGUCUUUGGAUUUAAAAAUGCAAAAAUUAAAUGAAGAGAAAUUAUCCAUAAUAAGUUAUCAAAUGCAGGAGUGGUUUAAAUAUGGUUGGAAUUUAAGUAAAUCUUUGGAAUUGGAAGAAAAAGCCACAGAAGAUGCUAAGGCUUCAGAGUUUUUACCAGAUUUCUCAAAACUUUUAAAAUCACAACAAUGGCUACAGUUUUGUAAAUCUUGUUUAAAAACUGGCAUGCAUAUAAAUGAAACUGAUGUAGAGCUAGAUAUCAAUGAUAAAUUCAAUGGUUUAUUGUUAAAACUAUUAGCCUAUUUAGCUGAUAAUUUGUAUAAUGAUUACACAGAGGAUUGUGCCGAUUCUACCGCUAAUGCCGAAUGUGCUCAAUUAUAUGAAAUGAUCUUUACUCAUUCGAAAUUCUAUGAUAUUGUUCUCAACAAACCUUCACAAUCGAAAGUUAAAACACAAGUUUUACAUUUGCUAUAUAUAAUGGCUAAGAAAUCACCCUCUUCCCUUCAAGAAACACAAAUACCAGUUAUACUGGGUGCCUAUCAAGCUAAACUCUAUGAUUCGGAUCGUUAUUGUUUGGCUUUGUUGAAUUUAUAUGAAUAUUACGAUUGUGGUUUGGCCAAGUAUAGACCUUUUAUUUGGGGAGAAAGUGCUAUAGCAUUUUAUGCUCUUAAAGCAGCCGAUGAGGAAAGAGCUAAACUAACACAACAGGAAACCUCUAUACAACAAGUUAUGUCUUUGGUAGAUCGCCAGCUAUGUGAAUAUACCAUAGAUAAUUUCCCCAUAUGGCGUAAGUUGGACACUUUGCAACAGUUGCCACUGGAAGAGUUUGAAAAUCCUUUUCUCAAAGCCUGGCAAUUUGGAGCUAAUUCUCUGGAACAAAAGCUAGAAUUGGGUAUUACACAAAUAACAGAAAAUGAAAUGCGUUUAUGUCCAAAACGCUCGGAUAUCUAUGAGCAAUGUUAUGAUCCAGCUUUCUUUGUGCCACUCAUGUCUAUGUGUUUCUCUAAUGAAGCUUAUGCUCAUCCAGCACGGCCUGUACAAAAUGGUUUAUUGGCUUUAACUUUUGCCGCUUUAUCCUCGCAAGAUAAAGAAAUGCGUCAGGCUGCGGGUUGUGUACAAUUACGCUAUCGCUCUCACUUUGAAAACAAUAAAUUCUUUGAGAAACCUUUAUGGAUACAAAGCUAUGAAAAUUUGCAAUCUGGACUUAAUGAUUUAAGAAACAGUUGGAUGAAACAUAAAUCAAAUUCGGGCACACCUAGGGUACCCUAUAUCUCUGGUUUGUUUGUGGCCAAAACCUUUAAUCUAACCACCGAUCCAACACAUUUGCUUUAUAAACAAUUAACCAUGUUUUUACGUCUUAAAUCCAGUUUCAAUUUUCAAUGUAUACCCGAAUUCAAUGUGCUAUUCUAUUCACCCGAAAUGGAACAUCAAGAAUUUCGUCAAUUUAUCGUAGAGGUUAUAAAACAUGGCAUUAAAUCCAGUUCCGAUUUGUUUUUACUUGUCUCCACCAAUACCUUUAAAGUUUUAAUGGGUUUCUAUGGCAGUACCAUGUCUACAUUGGAAUUAAAUCUACAAAUACUAUCGGUAUUUUCUACUUGUGUUAAAAUACCCGCCUCUUCGAAAAUAAUGUUGGAGCAUAUUGGCCUAAUACCCUGGUUAAGUUCCAUUAUUAACUCCAUUGAGUUUUAUCAAUUUGAUGUUAUUGAGGGUCUCAUCAGCAUUAUCAAUAAUAUAUGGUAUGCUGUUAAGGCUAAUGAAAAAGAGUUUCAUAAUUUCUCGCACAUAUCUCUUGAAAUUCAUCGUUUGAUUUUACAACUUAUACCUCUUAUAUCGCCUCGCAUUUCUUCCAGUAAUUUUGCUAAACUUAUGAAUAUUCUAAACAAAACUUGUCUUAACUCUAGCCAAUAUUUGGCCAUGUCUUCGGAUCAACUAGGCAAAUUAAUAUCUUGUGCUGAAAAACAUUAUUCCGCUUUAAUAUUGCCUUUACAAUCGAUUUAUGAAAACGGUGGCAAGGGCUGUUCUUCAUGGCAGUCUUAUUGUCAAGAACUCUAUAGUCAACAAGUGGAUAGUAAAACCAUAUUGGCCUUAAAUAGUUUAAGAUCAUAUAUUAUAUCAUGGUGGUCCAGUCACAAUGAUCAGCAGAUUGUAGAGGAAAACAGCAGUACAGUAAUAAAAUGUUAAUGAAAAAAAUUUAUCACUUAAUAUCAAUGAACCUUAUGGUUUUAAUUAAGUUAAUGUUUUAUUUUAUAUUUUUUUUUUGUAAAGUUUAUGAAAAGAAACAGCAAAAAUAAAGUACAAUAAUUGUUAAUUUUAAUUAA